CUGUAUGUUCAAUCCUUCAAAGCACAAUAAAUAAGUAGCCAUUCCAAGCAAAUUAAAGAAACACACGCAUCCACAACCCAAUCUCAAAAACACCAACGGCCCUGAAAGAAAAUGUCUCUUGUUCCGAGCAGCAUUUUUGGUGGCCGAAGAACCAACAUCUUCGACCCAUUCUCUCUUGAUAUCUGGGACCCUUUCCAUGACUUCCCAUUUACAAGCACAGCCCUAGCAACUCCUCGGUCUGAAAUCGCCAACGAGACAUCGGCGUUCGCGAACACACGCAUGGACUGGAAAGAAACACCUGAAGCUCAUGUUUUCAAGGCUGAUCUCCCAGGGCUAAAGAAAGAAGAAGUGAAGGUGGAGAUAGAGGAAGGUAAGGUUUUGCAAAUAAGUGGUGAAAGAAGCAAAGAGAAGGAAGAGAAGAACGAUAAGUGGCAUAGAGUUGAAAGAUCAAGUGGGAAGUUUAUGAGAAGGUUUAGAUUGCCAGAUAACGCUAAGAUUGAUCAGGUUAAAGCUAGCAUGGAGAAUGGAGUUUUGACUGUUACUGUUCCUAAAGAGGAGGUCAAGAAACCUGAUGUGAAGGCCAUUGAUAUCUCUGGUUAAAUAUAUUAUAUAUAGUCUAUAUAAUCAAUGGCAAUUUCUGUGAGUGGUGUGUGUUAUGGUCAGUCUAAAAGAUGGGUAUUAGACCCAUCUAAUAAUAAGUUCAACAUAUGAUCAUAUUAGAUGUGUUAAUGUCAUGGAUACUGUGUAAUGGGAUUUGUGGGUUCAUUUUUCCAUGGAGUUGUGAUUUGAAAUGUAAUAAUAAACUUUGACUAUUAUUGGGUA